CGUUUCGCGAAUGUGGAACGCGCGCCGUACCUUCUCGUCGUCUGAUUGGUGUUCGCGCGCACGAAGCAGACGGCGUUCUCUCGGAUAUUUUCGCACAUUUUCCGAGAUUUGCGGAAAUAAUCGCGUCGAUUUUUGACGACGAAACGUAAUAAAUAAAAACUUAUCGGCAGAUCUCCACUGUUGUUUUCUCCACUUCUGCGAAUGUAACGCAAGAUGAGCCGACAGAUCGUUCUGAAACUGUACAAGGACAUCCUGAGAUACGGAGACACCUUGAAGUUCACGGAUAAGAAAUACUUCCGUUGCAGAAUACGAACGGCCUUCAAAGACAAGAAGGAUUUGUCCGACGAGACGGCGAUAGACCAUUACGUGAAGAAGGGUAUGAAACUCUUGGAAGCCAAAAGAAUGGUGUAAGGUGCGAUUCUUUUUGUAACAAAAAAAACAAGUGUGUGAAACCAUGUUAGCGAG